GUAUUGGAGAAUAUUCAAAAAUUUGGGAAAAUUUACAAUAUCAACUGUGACUUCAAUCUAACAACGACCUUCGAGAUUUGCUUUUCCGAGAAAUUCGCCAAAGAAGCGGCUGACGCCUUCGAGGGAUAUAAACUUGCUGGUGGUGAUGUGCACCUCGUGAAAUUCUACGAUGGCCAGGAAGCCAAAGCGAGAACAAGGGACUCAGGAGCGUUGUACGCCUACGAAUGGACCACUACUAAGACUGUGAUUCAUUAUAUCAAUACCUGUACAGCCGAUCUGGUACCGGAUCUAAGCCAAUUCAUCCAACCAAAUCGUGUCCAAUCUCACGCUUUCAUUCCGUGGCAUUCCCUUUUGGGGAAGAAAAAAUUGGAAAAAAAAACAAACGAUGGCCAGUCGCCUUUGCUUGAUGGCACCAUUAUGCUCGGUGGGACUGGGGUCAGGAGUCUGUGUGAGAACCCCGAGGCACCGUCUGGGUUCAUGAAGACCUUCGACGAUACCUCCUACAGCAAUUUUAUGGCACGACCAGAAAUUCCGCUGCGACACGAUGAAGGUUUAGCUCAUACUUGGACCGUAAUCCUUACGAUAACCCCCAAAAGUGGCGAAUUGAUUUGUGCCGCCUUUCAUGGUAAUGGUAGGUCUUCUUGUACGAUUGACCUUGUGGUUGCAGGGCUGAUCUUGAUCUAUCCCCCUGGAUUGGUCAAGCUCAUCUUAGGGCAGACUUGGCACGAUACCGGUCUUCCCUUAUGCUUCCAGAUCAACAAGGAGAGAAUCGACAGAUACAAAGAGCCUAUCAAAAGUUCCAUUUGA